GCUGCUGGGCAGAGCAGGGCCGACCAGGAGGAAGGGCAGCUUGGCAGGGCCUCAGAGACUCGGGAAAGUGCAAAGAAGGCUGCGGAGGCAGGAGAGGGGCGGGUGUGGUUCUCCCUCAGCAUUCACCAGCAGAAGUCUGAAGGAUGGACCCCUUCGCAGACACACUGCAGCGGCUGCGGGAGGCCUUCAGCUCGGGGCGCACGCGGCCGGCUGAGUUCCGGGCCGCCCAGCUGGAGGGCCUGAGCCGCUUCCUGCAAGAGAACAAGCAGCUUCUACAGGAGGCACUGGCGCAGGACCUGCACAAGUCAGUCUUCGAGUCAGAGGUGUCUGAAAUCAGCAUCAGCCAGAACGAGAUCAACUUGGCCCUUAGGGACCUGCGGGCCUGGAUGAAGGAUGAGAAAGUGCCCAAGAACCUGGCCACGCAGCUGGACUCGGCCUUCAUCCGCAAGGAGCCCUUCGGCCUGGUGCUCAUCAUUGCCCCCUGGAACUACCCCCUGAACCUGACCCUGACGCCUCUGGUGGGCGCCCUUGCUGCAGGGAACUGCGUGGUGUUGAAGCCCUCGGAGAUCAGCAAGAACACUGAGAAGAUCUUGGCCGAGGUGCUGCCCCGAUACCUGGACCAGAGCUGCUUCGCCGUGGUGCUGGGCGGGCCCCAGGAGACGGGGCAGCUGCUGGAGCACAAGUUCGACUACAUCUUCUUCACAGGGAGCCCCCGAGUCGGCAAGAUCGUCAUGGCAGCUGCCGCCAAGCACCUGACGCCCGUCACACUGGAGCUGGGGGGCAAGAACCCCUGCUAUGUGGACGACAACUGCGACCCCCAGACCGUGGCCAACCGCGUGGCCUUCUUCCGCUAUUUCAACACCGGCCAGACCUGCGUGGCCCCCGACUACGUCCUGUGCAGCCCCGAAAUGCAGGCGCGGCUGCUGCCUGCCCUGCAGAGCGCCAUCACCCGUUUCUAUGGUGAAGACCCCCAGAGCUCCCCAGACCUGGGCCGCAUCAUCAACGAGAAGAAUUUCCAGCGGCUCCGGGGCCUGCUGAGCUGUGGCCGCGUGGCCAUCGGGGGCCAGAGUGAUGAAAGCGAUCGCUACAUCGCCCCCACGGUGCUGGUGGACGUGCAGGAGACGGAGCCGGUGAUGCAGGAGGAGAUCUUCGGGCCCAUCCUGCCGAUCGUGAACGUGAGGAGCCUGGACGAGGCCAUCGCCUUCAUCACCCGCCGGGAGAAGCCCCUGGCCCUGUACGCCUUCUCCAACAGCAGCCAGGUGGUCAAGCAGAUACUGGCCCAGACCAGCAGCGGGGGCUUCUGUGGGAACGAUGGCUUCAUGCACCUGACCGUCGCCAGCCUGCCCUUCGGAGGAGUGGGUGCCAGUGGGAUGGGCAGCUACCACGGCAAGUUCUCCUUCGACACCUUCUCCCACCACCGCGCCUGCCUGCUGCGUCGCCCUGGCUUGGAGAAGAUCUACGCCCUCCGCUACCCACCCCACACUCCACGCAACCUGAGGGUGCUGCUGAUGGCCAUGGAGACCCGCUGCUGCAGCUGCACGCUGCUCUGAGCCCACCCCAGGCACGGGGGCACUGAGGGCCCCUCCCAGCUCACGUCUAUGACUCCUCUGCUGCUGCGGCCACCUGAGGCUGAUGGAGACAUGACUUGGGGUCCACGACACAGGAGAAAAGGACAUGCCAAGGCCACAGCCCAGACCAGUGCUUGCCCUCCUCCCUCCUGGGGCUUCUCUUUUCAGGCUUUCAGCUGCCCCCCAACCAGGAUGGGCCAAGUUGUGGGAACGUGGGAAACAGUGCGGUAACCUGCCCACCUGCUCCCAUGCUGGCCACCUGUGUCCCAGGAGAGGAGGCCAGAUGUGGGCACCUCUUGGGACCCCCCCUUUCUGGGGAGGGUGCAGAAGGGGCCUUGGCAUCUGGUCCACGCUGCACUGAAGACGCGCUGUGACCUGGGUCAUCCCUGCCCUCUCUGAGCCUGGUUCCCUGUCUGCUGCACAGAUGAGGUGAUUAGCACCUGAGAUCAUCAUGAGAAUUAAAUUUUGGACCGUAAUCACUGACU